AUGAAAGAACUGAUAUUGAUCCUGUGCCUUCUCAAAAUGAGUUCUGCAGUACCGGCAUUUCCUCAGCAAUCUGGGACACCAGGCAUGGCUAGUUUGAGCCUUGAGACAAUGAGACAAUUGGGAAGUUUGCAGGGGUUAAACUUGCUGUCUCAGUAUUCAAGAUAUGGUUUUGGAAAAUCAUUUAAUUCUUUGUGGCUACAAGGUCUCCUUCCACCACAUUCUUCAUUACCAUGGAUGAGACCAAGAGAACAUGAAACUCAACAGUAUGAAUAUGCUUUGCCUGUGCAUCCCCCAUCUCAGCCAUCUCUGCAAGAUGGCUCUCACUUGCCAGGAAAAAAACCUUACCUCCUGCCCACUGUUGCAACUGCUGUCCAGAACCCUGUCCAGAAGGGAGGGCCUCAGCCUCCGAUUUAUCAUCGACAGCCACCCUUGCAGCAGCAAGCAGAGGAACCGAUAAUGGAACAGCAGGUGGCACCAUCAGAUAUGCCACCAAAGGAAGAGAUACCAGGAAUGGACUUUGCUGAAACCCAAGGUCCAGGAAUGGAUUUCACUGUUCCACAAGAUACAGGAAUGGAUUUUGCUGUAACCCAAGAACCAGGAAUGAACUUUGCUGAGCCCAGGGGCCCAUCUCUGUUCCAAAUAGCCCGUUUGAUAUCUCGGGGGCCACUCUCACAAAAUAAGGCAGCCUCACUUUACCCAGGAAUAUUUUACAUGUCCUAUGGAGCAAAUCAAUUGAAUGCUCCUGGCAGAAUUGGUUUUAUGAGCUCCGAAGAAAUGCCGGGAGGCAGAGGAAGCCCCAUGGCCUAUGGAUCUAUGUUCUCUCGAUUGGGAGGCCUGAGACCCAAUCUUGCGGGGUUGCCAAAGCCUCAGAAUCCAGCCAAGGGCGGAGACUUUACUCUGGAAUUUGACACCCCUGUAUCUGUAACCAAAGGCCCAGAGAAGGGCGAAGGAGGUGCACAGUACCCCACUGUUGAGAAGGGAGAGGAGGAAACACAGCCGCCGACCAACCGUGAAAACAGAGCUUUCCUUCCAGAAGUAUCAUAUGGUGCCCUAGGAGGACUUCUUGCUCCCCCAAAGGACCACAUCCCCAGCCAGGCCAGGGGCCCUGCAGGGAAGAACUGGGGAUUCCCCGAAGUCACUGCAGAUGGCGUUGACCCACUGAUGACCCCUGGAUUAGCUGAUAUUUAUGAACCCUACGGUGCUGACGUGACCACACCUCUGGGUCUCCAGGGUGAGUCAACUACAGAUACCACCAUGAGCCCAGACACUGAGCAAACAGCAAUGCCAGAAAACAAGAGCCAGAAAGCCCAAAUCAUACAUCAUAAUGCAUGGCACUUCCCAGAGCCCUAA